AUGGGAGACGACCGCGAGCGACACUCAACUUCCAAGCACAAACGUUCCAGAGACAAGGACGAGCAUAAAUCUAAGAAAAAACACAAGUCCGAGCAUAAAUCCCACAAACGCAAGUCUCGCACAGACGCCGUCCAUAUCACGGACGAUGACGCCAACGACGAUGAUAUGUGGGUCGAGAAGAACAUCGACAACGACGGCGAGCGGCUUCUCGCAACGGAUAUCCCAACUGCAGAGAGCUUGAAGAUCACAACUCAUGCAACUGCUGGGGAGACUGACCCGCCGCUCCCGCCUAAUCUAACAACGGAGACGAAACUACAACGCGACGAGUGGAUGCUCAUGCCAUCCGGUGGUGUUGCAGAGCCUUUGAAUGCGUCAAGACUAGGAUUGCCAACAGGAGACGACUCUCUUACAGAGGACUACGGCGAAGCCUCCUCGAGCGGGCGCAACCCUAGCGGCGAUGUCGACUUCUUUUCUUCCCUUGGCACCGAACGCAAGCGACCACCACGGCCUGACAAGCCUGAUCCUGACAAGAUCAAAGUCAGUUCUAAAGAAAUCAACGAGGACAUCCGUGCUGGACGUCCUAUCGAUAACGACGCACCUCCCCCACCUCCAAAAGCCAUAACCCCCGGUGGCCCAGGCUCAAAUUGGCGCAUGAUGCGUCUCCGGCGCGUAUACGAGACAUCAGAGGAGGAAAACAAGCCCAUCGAAGAAGUCGCAGUCGAGCGUUUCGGCACACUGCAAGCAUUCGAGGAGGCCAAAGAAGAACGGCGCAUACUCGACGAACGUCAAGGCAGGCGUUCAGAACGCAAAGAUGAGAACAGUCGAGGGCGGGAGACUGGUGGGGGGAAACGUUUUAUGUUUACUGAUGUCGGCGCAAGUGGGGCUUCGUCCCGUAGCUCCUCUUUCAGACGUCCUGGCUCGGGCGCGACAGGAAGUACCCCCUCCACACCAUCACCCACCAACCCACCUGCGAAUCGUCGCCUCGACUCUGUACGAUUACCCUCGCAGGCCGCAUCCCCACUCGCACAGUCGCACACCCCAAUACCGAGCGUCAUGAUUCCAUCUGUGGCGACGACGAGCACGCGCCGUGCCAUGUCGCCUUCAUCGUUAAACAAACUUCAAGCGCAGGUUAUCCGUGCGAAGCUGAUGGAUGCACCGAAUGUGAAGAGGCUUGAGGAAGAGUACGAUGCAGAGGUGAGGCGGGCCAAGGGUGAGGAGGGCGGAGUCAGGACUCGCGUGGAAGUACUACCGACAUUGGAUGCCAGGGGACAAAUGUAUGAUGUUGGUCAUGGGAAGGAUGACGCAGAGAAAGGCCCUGGUAAUAAGCGGAAGAAAGAGAAGUUCGAAACGCGUGAUCCGAAGACGGGAGAGCUCCUCAGGUAUAACGCUGACGAUGAUGAGAUUACACUGGGAGAGAUGGUUAGGCAAGAGCGGUUUGGAGCGGGUAUGGCGGAUCAGAAGAACUUGGAUGCACAGUUCGCCAAGGCUAUCACUGGGAGAUGGCAAAGCAACCUCGACUAUAUGGAUGAUAAUGCGGAACGGCUCGGGCGGCAAAAGAUGCGAACUGACGCAAUGAAACGACAGUUUGCUGUCCACGACUACAAGCGCACUCAAAAAGCACUCGCAACAUGCCAGUUCUGCUACGGUGAAGACGACUCGCCUCCAAAAGCACCUGUCGUUGCAAUGGGCACACGAGUCUACCUCUCCUGCACCCUGAACGAGGAACUUCUAGACGGCCAUUGUCUCAUUGUGCCUAUACAACACCACCUUACAAUGCUGGAAGCUGAUGAUGACGUCUGGGAUGAAGUGCGGAACUUCAUGAAAAGCCUCAUGCGCAUGUUCGCCGAAGAAGACAAAGGCGUCAUAUUCUACGAAACCGUCAUCUCCCUCAAACCCCAAAAACACACCUGCAUCGAGUGCGUACCGCUCCCAUGGGACAAGUACGACGACAUCCCAGCGUACUUCAAGGAGAGCAUCCUCGCUUCUGAAGCAGAAUGGUCGACGCACAAGAAAGUUAUCGAUUUCUCCGCGAGGCCUGGGGGGUUCCGACGUGCGAUGGUGCCGAAUCUGCCGUAUUUCAUGGUGCAGUUUGAUUAUAAGGGGGAGAAGGGGUACGGACAUGUUAUUGAGGGUACCGGGGAGUCUGCGGCAACGGGUGAGGAGGAUGGGGCGUUGGAUGAAGGGGAUAAAGGUGGUGGGGAUUUUCCGAGAUAUUUUGCGGGAGAGAUUAUUGGGAACGUGCUGGAUCUUGAGCCACGUCGAUGGAUGCGACCGCGGAAGGUGGAUUAUCGGCAUAACAAGGAACGGAUACAGUUGUUAAAGAGGAUGUAUGAGAAGUAUGAUUGGACGGGGUUGAUUGGGACGUCGUGA